AGGGCAGACAGCUCUGAAUUUUCCAAAAGCGGCUACAAAGAAAAGCAAUGAUCAACAAAAACAAGGAAAUAACCGCAACAUACAUCCCGCAGCCCUCACUAGUUUAAAAAAGAAAGUAUCGGUGAUAGUUCAAAAUGAGCUCUUAUGUUGACAGCUCCAAUCUCAGGCAAACAAGCGAGACAACUCCUAACACUAUGUUUAGUUUCGAUCUAUCUGGGCGCAGGUCCAGCCGCUAUGAGGGUGUUAAUGUGAACGGGAUAUUCACUUGUCCCGUCCCCACGACCUCUGUUGAACGGGAGGAGAUGAAAACUAGCCUGCGUGGCAACACGGAUACUCCUCUCCCGUCAGGACCACAGAUAACCAUGGUCUCCAGUAGCUCGUCCGUGGACGCAAGCGGACUUCACUACGGCAGUAGUACGCUGCUGGGACUAGGGGCAGACAGAGACCCGGAGAGGAGCGCGAAAUCCGGCGGCCAGGAGAGCGAGAGAAACGCGGAGAACACGCAGGCGGUGAAACGAAACACAAAAGUCAACCAGCGUCAGGACAGUGAGCAGCGGCCACAGAUUUACCCAUGGAUGACAAAACUGCACAUGAACCACGAAUCGGAGGGUAAGCGGUCCAGGACCAGUUACACCCGCUACCAGACUCUGGAGCUGGAGAAAGAGUUUCACUUCAACCGGUACCUGAGCCGCCGCAGGCGCGUAGAGAUCGCCCACACCCUGUGUCUAAACGAGAGGCAGAUCAAAAUCUGGUUCCAGAACAGACGAAUGAAGUGGAAGAAGGACUCAAAGAUCAAAGUGAAGGAAUAAAAGUGCACCAGUGAGAACGGGGUGCAUGCAGCACGUUUUCAGCCCCACACUGCACAGUGCUGGAGUGCCGCCUGACCUCCGGAUGAACUGCUAGGAGCAAUGACAUCAUGACACCGCUCUGUGUGCUUCAUCACCAAUUAUGUGUCACUUGCUGCAGUUUGGGACCUAAUGUAUUGAAUAUCACUCACUUUGAUCAAUCGGUUUACAUUUCUAAAUUAAUUUGCUGGCCAUGCGAUGAUAACCUCACUUUACUGCACGAAGGGGACAAGAGGUUGAGGAGAGCUGAGUCCUUCACGCUGCAGAGAUUUUGGUCUGCAGUGCACUGAAAGGCUGCACAACGCUACUUAUAAUCUAUGUUUGUUUUUUUUUAAUUUGGAUCAAAGUAGUGGAGGCUGAGUGACAGCCUGCAUCACAUCAAACUCUACAUCAUCACCAUCAUGUGAUAAAACUUUUAAGAUCAACGAAUCAAAUAAAGACAAAAAUAUUUCUGACUGCUGUGGAAAUCAUUUGAUUAUGACCGUUAAAUCGUUUUCCACCUCUUUCCCUUUCAUUUCUCUAAUAUGUUGCAGUGCGAAUAAAUUAGGACGUUGGUGGGAUGUGUGAUGUGUUCAGUGAGCUAAUAUCUUUGUGAGUGGAUUUUUCUGUCAAGGCAUCGUCCAUGUUGUCUGUCAUAUCUCUGUGAAUCUAAAUCCUUAUAUACAAUUCAGCGACUGUAUGUGAUAUUAAUGUGAUAAUGCAAUGAGGCCAUUUCUCUUCGUAAACCUAAGGUGCCUGGUUUACACAAGGCCUAGGAUAGCUGAUAGGUGGCUUAUUGUUGAUUGUAACCAAUAAAGUCUCAUCAUUAAAAGUAAGGAAAUUUCCUAAUGUCAGUAUGCACACUUCUGUUAUUAUGUAUCUGAUGUCAGGGUUUGGUAGCAGAAUCACUAGUAUAUUUAAUUUUAUUUCUGUGAUAAAAGUCAACUGAAUUAAACUACUAUAGAAACUGUUAUUUAAAAAAAAUACAUUCCCUCCUUUUCCUUUUGUUUUCUCCUACUGAUCACGUUUUGUUUCAGUCUGGCUCACAAUCCACAUCAUUUCAGUGACUGACAAACGCGCACUGAAGUUUAAGGCCCUCAUAAAACUUUAUUGCCCCCUUUUUCACUCCACCAAAGGCAGACUCCGUUUCCUGUUUUGUCAGGGAAGGAAGGGACACACUAGCCUGUGAUAACACUCGCCCACAUCACAACGUGGAUGCAAAACGUUGGUUUCCUGUGGCCGCAGACUGGCGCGCCAUCACUGUCCGGGCCAUAUGGCAACUUUAUGAUAUCGCCCUGCUCUUUAAUCCUGCAAUCAUUACAUUGUAGUUAAAACAACACUAUCUGCUCGUAUAGAGGACAUAAAAGCAUGCCACUUGUUCUGUGUCUGCAUUCAGCAGCAGCUUUUGUAGAAGUAGUAGUGUGACGCAGUAGGUACAGCCUAAGGUUAUGAGGUAGGCUAAUUCCUCUAUAGCAAUACGUGACACUACAUAAAGAAAAUAAAAAUCAACUCACCUCUCAAACUUAUAGCUUCCUAUUCAACUUCCUUAACAGCUAUGAGAACCGGUCAGUGCAGCGUCCACUUUCUGUGCGCUCUGUUAGGCCUAACCUAUAUGUGGACAAUGUAUUGAAUCCCUUUUUGUAUGUCUUUCUUUUAGGGUAUUUUAAAGUUUACAAGGUUACAUAUGCCAAUUGCCCCAAGCAGGGCCUGUGAAUGGUGCAUAGGAAGCACGUGGUGUCAUUUAAGUGGGUUUUAUGGCCUGGAAGAGCUGACAAACCUUCGAUAUAUACACAUCAUAUAUAAUCUUAACUGUCCGGAAUCGCAGCUGCUGACUUCCCCUUAUCUGAGGAAGAAAGGGCUUUGUGGCAGUGAGGAUGCAGUACCUUUCUCCGGACUGUGUAGACGGCUGGUGCGGAGAACUGAGAGCUGCUGCAGUAAGUUGCUUUUAACUUUGCCUACAGGCCUGCGACUGUGCCGUUAUUUCACCUUGAAGAAAUAUUGUUUGUGUUUUAUAUUAUGUGUGACUUUGAAUGUAUGGUUGUUGAAUUGUCAACUUCAAAAUGGAUGCUAUUAAUUGACAGUGAGUAUGCAUUUUCUAAUUAUAGAACAUGCUUUUUUUUAAAAGCUUGUGAAAAUAUUCGUUUUGAGAUAUUUAAAGUGAGAUUUGGUGUUGCGUAUUUACUCCAACAGAAACGGGAUUAUACGGAAAUGCUGCUCAUGGUGAUUGGGUUGUCAUAAGGAUUAUUUUCCCGCAGCAUCAUCCUUUUUUUUGUAUCAGAUUUUGGUUUUAGGAAAUAAAAGUAAAAAGCGGAUGUUUUAAUGCCUCUCAACAAAUUUUGUGACGUCGUGGCAGUCAGUUUGCUUUGCAUGUUAUUGCUGUCAGUAAAGAGAAUGAGAAAAUAUUUGAAAGAAAGGUGACUGUGAGAAAAAUGAAAAGUCUGCCAGAACGAUCAAAAAUCCACUGGCGUCCAGCCUCACCAUCUACCCCACCCUCUUUCUCUCUCUCUCCCUGUCAUAACCAUGCUGACUCUCUCUGACCUGUAUGUAAUUUGUGAAGUAAGUAAGUGUAUUUGGUUUAAUUCUUUGUAAAGUCUGAUAUUUUGGUUCAGUGUGCAAAUUUAAGAGGAUGUGUAACUGAAGGAAUGUGUUGAAAAUAAAAUGUGACUUUU